GCAACACAUCGCUUCCGGCCUGUAACCGGAAGCAGGAAACGCUUCGUGGUUGGGGAUUCCUCGCCUUGCCUAUCUCCCUGUUUCGUUUUGACUUCUGACAGAUACUGAUGAAAAAUCCUUUGAAUCAAGACUGUGAAAUGUUUCACUUGAAUCAGACAUAGAAGAGUCAACAGUAGACAAUAACAGAGAAGUUCAUGAGCCCCCCUAAAGAUGGAGACAUUCAAAGACAAGACUGUAGAUGAGCUGAAGAAACUACAGGAAGAUUCAGAAGAGAUUGAGCGUUUGGCACUGGAGUCUAAUGAGGUCCAGAAUUUGCAGUUGGAAAGAGAGAUGGCUCUGGCCACAAAUCGUAGCUUGGCAGAACAGAACCUGACAUUCCAGGAACCGCUAGAAACAGGACGUGCAAACCUCUCUGAUAAGUAUCAGGAUCUGCAGAAGCUGGUGGAGCGAUGUCAGGAGCAGAAGGCAAAACUGGAGAAAUUCUCUACUGCAGUGCAGCCUGACACCCUGUUAAAUCUGCUGCAGAUUGAAGGACAGAAAAUUGAAGAAGAAUCUGAGGUAAUGGCUGAAAAAUUCCUGGAGGGCGAAGUGCCUCUGGAGAUAUUCCUUGAGCAGUUUUCCUCAAUGAGGAAAUUGUCCCAUGUACGCCGGGUGAAAGUGGAAAAACUUCAGGAGACUCUGAGGAAGUCUCGGUCUUCACAAGAACCAGCCAAGGGCUCAGAAUUCAACCAUCAGCCUCCUUCUCACACAUCACCUGGGCCUGCAAAACAGGAGCCAAAGAAUGGCCUAUCUGGAGGACCGCCCUUUCCUUUACCUUACAGUCUAACCCCCAGCAUGCCUACUGGCCCUUUAGCUCACGGUGAUCUCCAACCAGCUCUUUUUGCAGCGACACCUGUUACAGCAGGCCAUGUUACUUCCUCUCAGCCAAGUAUCCAGUCCCCAUUUCCUUAUAAACCGCCUGCAGGUUCUGGAUACCCACCAAUCUCGUCUGGUAGUUCAGUUCCCCAUUCUCAGGCAGGAGAUUCAUCUUCAUCUCUGGCAAACCCUUGGUCUCCAUCCAGAGCACCUCCUCCUCGGCCUGGUUAUCCCCAGCCUCCUUUUAGGGCUCCAUCAACAGUGCCAGGGUUUCCUCAGCCUUUGCAGCCUCCUUAUUUCUCAUCUGGGGGGAAUUCACAGUGUCCAUAUCCUACCCAGCCUCCAGUGCCUAGUUUCCCUGUCCCCUCACAGCCUCCAUAUCCCAUAAACCCAAACCCUUUCUUCAGUAAUCCACCACCACCUGUACCCCCUCGAGGUCCUUCUUGGCCAGGAUACUAGUCAGGGACACUAGGCAGGAUUCCUCUUCUACAGCAUUACCUGAGAAAUUGACUCUUGCUAGCUGUUGAGACCUGAGGUGUUAUCCUGAAAGACAUCUUUGUGUAAGCAUUAUUACUGGUAUCAUAUGUGAAUCGACUGUAAGACCUCAGAAGGAAUGCUGCUGUUGGAAGGUUCAGUGUAUGUAGCAGUAUGCAUUGAUUGUAGGCAGCCACUUGUGGCCAGUUGCACUGACCAGUUAAUUGAUUCAAGCCGUAGUAAAGCUGAGGUCCAGACACAUUGCUAAUGUGAACUGGCAUUGUUCCAAAUAAUUAAGACCUUUGAGACAUAUGGUGCUUUCACAUAUGCUAAAUAACACAGUUUCAGCCCACUUCAGCGACUAUGCAAGUAGAUUUUGCCAUUUCACACAGUAAAAUCCAGUUGCAAAAUGCAUUGAAAGUUGAUCAAAAGUGUGUUAUUUUGUGUGUGAAAGUGCCCAUACUUAGUGACAGUAAUAUAGAUUCGGCUCCAUGUGUUUGUAUAUGCACACACGUGUGUGCAUGUGUGUGUGUAUAAUUCUAUAUACUUGCCAGGAAAGAAAGGCAUAUGAAUUCUUGUGGCACUAAAAAUUAAUGGAAAGUAGAUGGAGGGAACAUUGUAGCCUUUGACAUGCCUCAGAAGUAGUAUGCUGACUAGCAGAACAGUGACGCCAACCCUGCCUCAAGUGCUCUCAGGUGCAGUCUUGUGUCCACGCAGUUUUCCAUCCUGAUGUGCCUACAGAGCACAGAAUGUUUCUCUUGUCAGUGUAUUUCCACCCUUUUAGGUUUUCACGUUUGUAACCCUUGUUUUCUGAAUAGAUGCACAGAAGGUACAGAAUGGCUGCGUUAGGUGUAUGGUGUAUGUUAGUUAGGGGCAAGUGAUGUUUGUUUAAGUCAGCACAGGAAAGCUGAUUUAUCGAAAGCUAGAUUAUGAUGCUUUUUUGCACAUGGGAACAAUGGACAAAAUACUAGCAUCCCUGUUUCCAUUGGUGAGUGUGAUGUGCUGCACUGAAGCCUUGAGACAUCUGUGGCUGAACUUAUCCUGCUCCUUUUCUCUAGCAACCUACUACUAGGGUAGCAGAAGAGGUUCAAUAAUGAUCCUCCCUCCUGUCCUCCUUGAUUGUUGCCGCAUUCCUCACAGUUGAUGGGAGGAAAUACUGGCGACCAAUCAAGAGCACCCGGGGAUCCUAAUGGAAGAAGCUGGCUUUGCUAAGCACUUUAUUCUCUUGCUUGCCUGUAAUGUAUUUAUAAAACAAAAGAGACUACUAAAUAGACUAGACAGGUUGAAUGAAUGCUUUUGGAACUUGAUUAGAGUAAUUCUAUACAUGAUGAAUUAUGAUAAUAAAACUUGAUGAAUUGCACACAGAGUUACUGUUAUGUCACUUUGGAAAAAUCAAGCAGUGACUGGUUGGGAUUUGUUAUUGAUCUAUUUUCUUGCUUACUGAACAUCCUCCCUUUGACCUCAUUGUUCUUAGCAAUAAAACCCUUCACCUUUCAUCUCAUACAGACAUGGACUUUUCAUAUGAUCUUUCCCCUUUUCUGUAUUCCACUUAAGAGAUCCGUUUGUGCAGCUUUCAUUCCCAUGGAACAAUAAACUUUUCCCUUCUCAGCAUCAUUC